UAAAAACACAAGCCACGACCUUGUUUCGUCGCAUUUCGAUCAAGUUCAUCAGACUAGCCCCACCAAUAUUUAAUAUAGUUGUUUAUACCAACGCGUAUAAUGGGUCUUCUGCUUAGUGUUGCUCACGCAGAAAACACCAAUACCGAAACUGAAAAUACAACUCCUGAAGACGAACAAAAGAAACAUUUACAGGAACAAAAGGUCAUCGAUCAACAACCGACAAGAAGUGACAUCUUUUGCGACAAGCUAAUUCUUGAUAUGUGUUGCAUUGCUUGCAACGAUUGUGGAACUUGUGAUUGCGAUUGUGAUAAUUGUGACUGUAGAUGUUGUGAUUUUGAUUAAAUAACGACCUUGAUUUUCCCGCUACGUAAACAUUGAUGCAACCACAACGACUAAUUAUAAAACGAAUAAAAACGAACAAUACCGAAAUUUAUUUUCGUCAAGUAACCAACAGCCCGCCUAUUUCUCUCGUUUUGUAUUUGUUGACAUAAUUAAUUUCCCUCAAGAUGGGUAUUUGUGUCAGUUCCGUAAUCCCGGCCAACAAUUCCACUCAGCCAGUCAAUACUGUGCAAGAAAUUGUUCAACAACAACCGAAAAGAACAAAGAAUUUCGAUGCCGAUGAUAAUCCUCUCGUGACAGCAGGUUGUUGUAUGUGUUGUCUCGAUCCAAAUUGUUGUUGUUGCGAUUGCUGUAAUUGCGGUGAUUGCCUUACGUGUCACUGGUGUUGUGACUGUUGUUCCGAGUGUGACGAGUGUUGUGGCGAGUGCCUCAAAAUGUGUUGUUAGCACUGUGUUUCCCCGUUUUAUUUCGUAUUUUUUAAUAAAGAAAACAUUCACGAAAA